GCCUAUGGCGCUUGCGUGCUCUGCGGUCACGUGGGGCGAGCGAGCCAAUCAGAGGCAGCGCUCGGGGAAGCGCAACCUCACUGCUGCUUCGGGGCGCCGGAGCGGAGCUGCGGGUGGAGCCGGAGAGGGAUCGGUCGGUCGGUCGGGCGGGCAGAGCGGCGAGAAGCGGCCUCACAGGAACACAGUGUAUUAAAUUAUCUUAACAACCAUGCUGGCUGCAAGGCUGGUGUGCCUGAGGGCAUUACCAUGCCAGACCCUCCGCCCCACCUUUGCUCAGUCUUCUCCAGCUUUGAGGAACUCCAAUAUAAAGGCAUACAGGCUGUGGCAGCCUAACCAGUCUUAUGCCACCAGAGUAAGGACGGGUGUAAGGCGUGGAAAAAUUGGCCAGGAAAUCAAAGAAGCAGCAUUUGAGCCAUCUGCAGAAACAGCAAUUAAAGCUGAUCGCCUGGGGAAAUUUAUUGUUGCUGGAGGUGCUGCUGUUGGCCUGGGGGCCCUUUGUUACUAUGGGAUGGGCAUGUCCAGUGAGAUUGGAGCUAUUGAGAGAGCUGUUGUUUGGCCACAGUAUGUGAAGGACAGAAUUCAGUCUACUUACAUGUACUUUGCUGGGAGCAUUGGCUUGACAGCCCUGUCUGCUGUGGCAGUCAGCAGAACUCCAGCACUCAUGAGCCUUAUGACAAGAGGCUCCUGGCUGGCAAUAGGUGCAACUUUUGCAGCUAUGAUUGGUGCUGGAAUGCUGGUCAGGUCCAUAUCCUAUGAAGACAGUCCAGCAGCUAAGCAUUUGGCUUGGAUGAUGCAUUCAGGUGUCAUGGGGGCUGUGGUGGCUCCUCUCACCUUCUUGGGUGGUCCUUUGCUGGUCAGAGCUGCCUGGUACACUGCUGGAAUUGUUGGAGGGCUCUCAACUGUGGCUAUGUGUGCUCCAAGUGAAAAAUUUCUGAACAUGGGAGGACCACUUGGAAUAGGCUUAGGCUUUGUUCUUGCCUCUUCAAUUGGAUCCAUGUUCUUGCCUCCUACUUCUGCUUUUGGGGCUGGUUUGUAUUCAGUAGCUGUCUAUGGUGGGCUGAUACUCUUUGGCAUGUUCCUGCUCCAUGAUACACAGCAUGUUAUCCACCGUGCAGAAACUCUCCCCUAUUAUGGAGCAACAAAAUAUGAUCCAAUCAAUGCGUGCAUGGGUAUCUACUCAGAUACACUGAAUAUCUUCAUUCGGGUGGCCAGCAUGCUUGCAGGUGGUGGAGGUGUCAGGAGAAAGUAAACCAAGACUCCUCUGCAUCUGUGUGACAGCCUACCUAGUGCACAUUCUAAAUAAAAAUUCGUGGUUACAAGCAGUUCUGUUGCAAGUCAGAAGUUUAAAUCAGUUCAGUAUAUUGUUUCAAUGCAAUGUGAUUCAGACUUAGUUUCCUUCACAUACUUUCCAUCUCUGUUUAAAAUAUUAUGAAGUAAUUGCAUGUUAUUUUGGGAAAGUAAAUUAUUUUUUAAUAUAUAAGCAAAAAUAGUCUAUCUGCUUUUUAAUGGGUUUGACAGCAGUUCAGCUCUUACUUUCUGGGGCUUUUUACUGUUAACUGCAUAGUAGUUUCUAAACUGGUAUCUUAUAUGCAGAUAGGGAGGGACAUGAGCUACUUCAUGACAUGCUGUUAAGAUGCAUCAGUUUUCAGUUAAGAUUGCAUAAAUGAUAUUUCAGUGGCACAUUAAGAACUGAACAAGUUGGAUAUGGCACUAAAUGCAGUAAUGACUUGUACCUUGACAGAAAUUUCAGGUUUUAAGCAACUGACAGAAAUACGUUGGACUGAAGAAGAGAGGUGACCAAAACAUACAGCAGAGACGUGAGGAAACUACGUGGUAUUUGUCUUCAGUCUUUUUCUGGAGUACACAGGAGAACUUGCUCUGAUGUUGACAGGCUAUAAUAGCUGGGUUUUGACAGGAGAACUCCACUGAAGCUUUUAUUGAGAGCCCAAGUUUUGUCUGAAUCUGUCUCCAUAAGACACAGAAAUUACAUUUUGCAUUUCAUUUCCACUUGUAUUUCUUCUCAUUCCCUUGGGGCUUAAAUAUAAUUUGCAAAUGUACCUGGAA